AUGUACUACCUCAUGCCGCGCCGCGAGUACGCGUGGAAAUGCCAGCUCCAAGACGCAGAUGCGGCGGAAGCCGCGGCGGCGAGGACGACGAAGAAGACCCUUCGGAUGGAAAAGGACGAGAAGGAGCAUCAGCGGCACCAUGAUCACCGUAGUAGCAAUGGCUGGCGUCAUGAUCUCGCGGGGAGGGAGACGUCGCCCGCGCCGUCGAGCACGUCGUCGAACAACUCGUCGAACAUCUCGUCGUCGUUUCCGCGCGCGGCGUCCGUGCCACUGAUGACACCCGUCAUCACGGAACCGUCCGGCCGUCGCACUGAUGCAACGACUACUAUUAUUAGUACUAGCAAUACUACCAGUGGUAGCUCUACUAGCGGCAGUAGAAGCAGCAGCUCCAGCGACAUUCGAGAAUGUGUCUCAUCAUUCCGUGGAGAGAGGCUGCACGAGCCGAGUCAUCCAGCGGUGGCAGCGAUUCAGCGCGAAAUGCAGUUUCUGGACGAUGCGGCUAGACGAUCAUGGGACGCCGCGUCGGUGGGAAUGGCCGGCGUGACGGGAACAGAGCGUCGUCACGGUGACGGCGACGAGUCGCGGCUGAUGCUGAAGCUGCUGAUGCAGCAGCAGUCCAUGCUGGAGCAGCUGCUUGAGGCGCGGCGGUCGGCGGGGGAAGGACAGCGUGACGUUGCGCCAUGGGUCCGCCCGCAGACCACCCCCGACAACGAGAUCACCUCCGUGGCGGGAGGAGCGGAGGAUGGCGGUGAGAAGCACGAUAUGAAUCAGUAUGAGUGCUACUAUCAGCAGCAGCAGGAGGAAGGGGGGGAGUCAGGGGUGAGUGCGAUGGCGGAAGCACGGUCUGCAGUGGGGAUGCCGGAACUGGAUACGAGUGAGCUGACGAGGCAGUUGGCGCUGCUCCACGUGGCGGACCCCCUCACCCACCUCGAGGGACUCGCUGCCUCUACCCCUACCUCUGCUACAACCUCUGCCUCGGCGUCUGAUUCUCCGAUUGUUGCUUCCAGUGCUGGUGCUGGUGCUGGUGCUGGUGCUGCAGGUGGUGCGAAACACGGAUCUUGGAACUCGCCUCAAUCUGGCAAUAACAGUCCACAUUAUCACUCCGGCGAGGUCAAUCUCCAAGGAGUUAUGGGCAAAGCAUUACGCGAUGAAUCAUCGAGCAGCGAACAGCAGCAACUCCAGACUCAGCAGCACGAGCAGCAGCACCCUCAUAGCCCGUACUGCCAGCAGCACUUGCUCUCAGGCCAGGCCAUGGGCAUCCUACCAACAUGGCCUGCCACGUGCACGCACAAGCACCUCUCGCACCACUCCUCCUUCCUCUCCCACCACGCCCACCACCACCACCACCAUCAGCAGCAGCAAGAGCAGCAGAAGCAUCCAGCUUCUCCCAGCUCCUCAGCCAGCACGAUCGGCAAGAAGCUGCUGCGCCUGAUGACGCUACCUGGCAGGCACUCCAAUCGCCCCAUUCUUCCGAGCCAUUCACAGCCUGAAAUGAGACAGCCCGCGGAGACGGCCCCGUGA